AUGUCUCCCUCUCAAACCCCACGCUCAGAAUCUCCUCGCCUUAUCUCUACUGCAACCGGCGACUAUGAUACCUCCCACACCCCAGAGGUCCGCCAAUACCUCAAGACCUACGGCCUCGUUCCCCCGGCUGUCCAGAGCUUCGAGGUGCAAGCAGAGAGAUGUCUGAAGUUGCUGGCAAUGAAGACAACCCCAAUUGAGAAGUUCCAGUACUUGGUUCACCUCAAGGCCACAAACGUCCACCUUUUCUACAGACUGUUGGCAGAGAACAUCAAGGAAUUGACUCCCCUCAUCUAUACCCCCACCGUCGGCGAGGCCUGCGUACGAUGGCACGAGAUCUUCACACAGCCAGAGGGCAUGUACCUCUCCUACUCGGACCGUGGCAACCUCCGCCAAAUCCUGAACAACUGGCCCCAGAACGUUGAGAUGACCGUCAUCACCGAUGGUUCCCGCAUCUUGGGUCUCGGUGACCUUGGUGUGAACGGCAUGGGUAUUCCCGUUGGCAAGCUCGCUCUCUACACCGCUUGCGCAGGUAUCAGGCCUGACGCUACCCUGCCCCUUACCAUCGAUUUGGGCACCAGCAACAAGGCUCUCCGCGAGGAUCCUCUCUACAUGGGUUCCAGGACCCCCAAGGUGUCUGCGGAUGAGGAGCGUGAGUUCUUGGACGAGCUCAUGGAGGCUCUCACCGACCGCUGGCCAGGAAUCGUCAUCCAAUUCGAGGACUUCAAGAACCCCUUCCCCGCCAUCGAGCGCUACCAGAACAAGUACACCAUGUUCAACGACGACGUCCAGGGCACUGGCGCCGUCAUUGUCGGUGGUUUCAUCAACGCCGUCAAGGCAUCCGGUGUGCCUGCCAAGGACCACCGUGCCGUGUUCCUAGGUGCCGGCAGCGCAGGUGUCGGUGUCGCCAAGCAGAUUGUCGAGUACUUCAUCAAGGAGGGCAUUCCCGAGGAGGAGGCCCGCAAGAAGUUCUGGUUCGUCGACUCGAACGGUCUGGUCACCCUCGACCGUGGCGACAAGCUCGCCGAGCACAAGGUCUACUUCGCCCGCGACGACAACAACGGCCGCCAGUACCAGUCCCUCGCCCGCCUCAUCGACUACGUCCAGCCCACCAUCCUCAUGGGUCUGUCCACCAUUGGUGGAGCAUUCAACCGCGACAUCCUCACCAAGAUGGCCCAGAUCAACGACAGGCCCGUCAUCUUCCCUCUCUCCAACCCCUCUUCCAAGUCGGAGUGCACCUUCGAGGAGGCCGUCCGCCACACCGAGGGCCGCUGCUUGUUCGCCUCGGGAUCUCCCUUCCCCUCCAUCGAGUUCGGUGGCAAGCUCCUCACCCCCGGCCAGGGCAACAACAUGUAUGUGUUCCCUGGUAUCGGUCUCGGAGCCAUCAUCUCCAAGGCGACGAACGUCACCCAGGACAUGAUCUACGCCUCCGCCGAGUCUCUCUCGACCUCUUUGAACGAGCAGGAGAUUGCUGACGGCUGGUUGUACCCCGACAUCCGCCGCAUCCGCGAGGUCUCCGUCGUCGUGACCCGUGGUGUCAUCCGCGCCGCCCAGAAGAACGGCGUCGACCGCGUUCCCGAGCUCAGGACCCUCUCUGACGAGAAGCUCGAUGCCUACAUCAAGGAGAGGAUGUACGACCCUUUCAACGACAAGGAGCACAUCAGCGAGGAGCUCGCUCAGCUCAUGGCCACCGCUUCCGGUCUCAGCGGCAGCACCCACGGCAUCAACGGCAUCGUGAACGGACUCCAGCAGUCUGCCCACUUGUAA